AGCAGUAUAAUAAUAUGUAUGAUAUCUCCGCCAUCCUGCUUCCUCUGCCUGUGCCUGCCUGGACGAAGUAAAUAGUGUGAUCUGACUGACUGACCUAGCCAGGCCUGACGGGGGUUUGCGUUGUUGUGAUUUGCGCCAGCUAAAUAUUUAGGAGCAAACCCAGCCGCCACGCCGCCGCCAUGAACCGCCACGACCAUCACCAUCAUCCCCAUCAUCCCCAUCACUACCACCACCGCGACGGGAGUCAUGGCGGCACAUCCAGCUUCGACCGGAACUUGGCUCCCCAUCAUCCUGGAAACCUCCCCGUCCUAAGGGUACCCGACAGAGUCCCAUUGCCUCGUGUCGACACCCCCAGUCGCCCGGGAUUCUUCUCGAGAAACGGUUCUUUGUCUAGAUCCUCCAGCCAACGGCAAAAGACAAAACAGCCCGCCCCUCCUCCAACGCCUCUCGUCGUGCCCUGCUGCAGCAGCUGUCCGUCAACUUCCACCGCUGCGACGAUAUCCGCAACCAAUGCGACAAGUCCUCCUCUGACGGCGACUACGAUUCCCCCCUCCUCUUCCUUUCAUUCUCCAGAACGACGACCGUUUCUCAAAGAUUCCCCGACAAAGCGCAAGGUGUCUGGCACGGUCGGGAACAAAGGCAAAAGCAUAUCGCGGUUGAUAAUACCAAACUUUUCCGCCAAUUCGAAUCAGAACACCUCCUCAGGUGAUUCCCAGUCGCUCCCCCAGACCCCAUUGGAUAUACCGGGGAUCUUCUGGGCGAAAACCCCCACGAUAGGAGGUCAAACCAUGGAUUUCCAGAUGUAUGGUGGUCUUCCCGGCGCACCACCCCCAACUUCGGGCGGGGGUGCUUUCGGCCCGCAAAGUGCCAGUUCGAUUUAUAUGAACAUCCAUCAAACCUCGUCAAAGCGGAUAUCAACGCUGGAUUAUUUACGGAAAGCGCAUGAAGGCAGUGUCUACUGGUUUAAUACUGUACACUUCUCAAAAUCAGACCUCUCCCGCAUGUCCUAUUUCGAGCAACGGAAACUCUCUCGCCGAGCAAUUAACUACCUCCUCCUAGGCCUUUCCAUCCCCCCCCUUCUCGACGUCAGCACAACCCCCUUCGAAUACCUCCGCGCUCUUAAUGCACUCCUCAUGGAGUUCGAAACGUUCCAACAGGUCCACCCCGCCGAUGGAAAUGCCUCAUCUUCACUCGGGCGCGCAAGGAUACCACACAUGUUCAAACGCUCCGCCCACUCAGGCGCCAAGACCCGCCGGGCGAGCUCAGCAACGGAAAUCGGCCUGCCCAUGCAGACAAGCGAUCCAUCAGACAUCAAAGCCAUGACGGGGAAUAUCGCGACUUCGUCAAAUUCUUCCGCUACAACCUCGUACCCCAGCACAGACUCCUCCGACCUUCUACCCGGUGAGGAAUACACAUACCUCCUCACGCCAACCUUGCCCUUCGACCCUGACUUCUUCGAGACCUUUUCAUCUCUAUGCGACGUCCUGAUUGAUUGUUAUACAAGGCUUAUGGCACUGGUGUCUGGGCCUGGUGUCUGCUCUGCUGUCAUUGCCGAGAUGUUCACCAAGGCCGAUUCGAGGCUGCGAAAGGUGAUGAUCGCGGGCGUGGUGAAGGAGUUCGAAGAUGCCAGUCGCAGUAACGUCAAAUCGGAGAUUGCCGGGGUGAAUAAGGUCCUUCUUGGCGGGCUGCUGGGUUGAGUUCAACCAUGCUGAAAUGAUUUCACGGGUAUUUUUGAUGUCUGUAAAAUCGCACACAUACUUACCCCGCCCCCCAGCCUCCUUCUCCCUCCCUCACUCGAUUGCGGCGCAUUAUCGGGCGGGUUUUUUUUUU